GAAUCAACACGAUGUAGGCGGUAAAUGAGGAGUAGCCUAGUCGGGUGCAAGUUCAACCUGCAGGAGGAUACCAGUGUAGGAUCACCUUCAUUUAAACAAAAAUAAGUCCCGACAGGGAGAACAGAACCCCUACGCGCAACGGACAGGGCGAACAGGACCCCGACGUAUUUCAUUCAUUGAUUUUAGAUGAACCUGCACAUUAGAGAAGUUGAGGAGCGAGCCAAACUGCUUCGGUCACUAAAAACUGAGACAGAAGACAUCAAGAAUAGAUUGGUGACAGUCUCUGCCAGGUGCCAUGAACUGGAAAACAUACAACCAUCAGAGGUACAGGUCUAUAAACCUACAUCUGAUGUUGAAACAGUUCAGGAGCUCCUGCGAGAUGCCCUGGAGAAGAAUCAACAGUGGCUGGCGUACGAUCAGCAGAGAGAGGCUUAUGUCACAGCAGUGCUGGCCAGAAUCUACCGACUAGAACAACAGCAGGGUAGGACCAGUGUAGCCAUCCAGCAGCAGCAGCACAAAGAUUCUGAUUCAGAAGAUAGAAGCUGUCAAGAAGCACAAGGGCAGUAUGAGAAGGCCCUGAAAUCCUGUGAAGAACAGCUGAAGCAGGAGCUUCGAAGUAUUGCUGAGGCACAGGCAGAGCUGGGUCAUGUGAAGAGAGAGGUUCAUGACAAAAAGGAAGAACUUUUCCAAGUGCAGAUUCUGAUCCAAAGCAAGCAGAAAGAUCUCGACCAGGUACAGACAUACACCCAAGAGAAGCAGGAAGAGCUGGAUCAGUUGCGGCUCCAGAUCAAAGAGACCCAUGGAGAUCGGAGUGAAAUACAAGACCUUCUUUGCUGCAAAUGGACAGAGCUAGAACAGCUGCAGAAUGAGAUCCAGGUCAAGCAGUAUGAACUUGAUCAAGUGCAACACCAGGUCAGAGACAAGCAGAGCGAGAUGAGUCAGAUGCAUCAGCAGCUGAAAGACCAUAAGAGAGAACUUAAGAAAGGGGUGCAGCUGCAAGAGGUGUUGCAGAAACAGCAAGAGGAACAGACCAGGAUUGCCGUCCUAGAAAAGCAGGUUUCACGCUUUGCUGAAGAUGUGGAAACACAGACAUGUGAGAAACAGCAUUUGCAGCGGCACCUUCACAAAGUUUUAAAAGAUCUAAGCAAAGCACAGGAAUACAUCUCCAAAUUAGAGGAUGAGUUGGAUAAAGCUCAGAGUAAAACUGACACCUUUGAGGAAAUGACCAGUCCUGGGCUUGAGAAGCAAGUGAGACAGAGUGUUCAAGGCCUCAAGGGAUCACCAAGAGUGUCCAAUCCCCUGAACGAGAGCUUUCUGGAGUGUCCUAACUGCAAAAUCCAGUAUCCAACUAGUCGUCACAGGGAGCUAGUGAUUCAUAUUGACAAGUGUUGUGGAUGAUAGCUUACUUUUUUAUACACAAUAAUACAGUAUGUUUUAAUCAUAAUAAGACUUUCAGAAUACAUUCAUUAAUGUAAGAAGUUGUCAGGUUUAUAGGUGUACCUUAUAGGUGUUUAUAGGUGUUCAGAAUGCAAAUUUUAUUUAAGUUAAAUUUUCAAGGAAUGUUUUUAUGGAAGUAAAUGCAUUUUCAAAAUAUUACAUUUGUAUUUAAAUAAAUUCCUUAGGGUCUAAUCUUAGGACACCUGCUGUCUCCCAACACAAGACAUUUUGCAAAUCAGAUCAUUGGCUCACACCAGAUUGCAUGAGUAAAGCUGCAUAUUAUACUAUUUCAGGCUAGGGAUUAUCAUGGCAUGGUGGGGUUAGAGGGCAGGAGAGGCUCCUGGUCAUAUGAGGAGAGAAAUAGAAGCAUUGGUGUCAGAGAGGAAUAGCAGCAUUUCAACAGCCUCUACCAUGAAUGCUUGUUUUGAGUAUAUGGAAAAUGAAAUGAUAAUCAUAACAGAGAGUCUAUGAGGCAUGUUUUUAAUGGGCUUG